UACUGCAAUCUCAAAAGUCUUCUACUUUCACAACUCAAGAAAAACAGAAUUUCUCUUCUUGCUCUCUGUUCUUGAAAUCCAAUUCUUGCUACUUGGAUUUUGGAACCUCAAUUUCCUUUUGACUUGUUUGUCCAUUUCCUCUUGAAAUUUCAUCGAAAUCCCAAAAAUCCCAUAUCAAGAUCUUGUUUUUCUUUUUUUGUUUCACGUUCAAACAUCUCAAAACUAUCAAUAGAAUCGCACAUAUCUCGAAGAAAUGGUAGGAUUCAAGACCGUCAAGAAGAAAAUGUGGAUGUUUUCUUGUUAAUCUUCAUCUGCUUAAACUUUCCCUAGAAUUGUCCUCUUGCGUAAUGGAAGCUAUCAUCAUAACAGCCAUAGAACUGAUCAACAACAACAACAGCAAAGUCGUUAACCAACAAAACUUCCCUCUCCAAAAGCUCUCCUUCUGGUUCGCUCCCACCACGCGUCCUCCUGGUCUCCUCUCUUUCACUUCUGGCUCGUAAAACAACCAACCAAGGAAAUAAAAAAGAAAGAAAGUCAGCAAAAACUUCGUUUUUGCAUGUUUCGUAUGGCCGCUUACUCUUUCAACAACAACUUUUCAUCUGGGAAUUGUUAUUCUGGUUUGUUUAAUCCGCUUUCACGUGAUAUGGGUCCACGCAAUGGAAGUUCCCGUGGAGGGUCGUUGUCGGUGUCGGUGUCACAGACCUUGGUUUUGGAUAGCGAGAAAGGAGAGCUAGUGAAGGCGCCGGUGAAAGUAGGGAAGAAAAGCGUGUCGGAGGAGAAAGUUAUCGCGGCUUUGAAGAGUCAUAGCGAGGCAGAGAGGAGGAGGAGAGAAAGGAUCAAUGCUCAUCUUGAUACACUCCGCAGUCUCUUGCCCUGCAGAGAAAAGAGGGCUCUGAUGGCAAAUUUGGCCUUCUCACAUGCUAUUGUGCUUAUUAUUUGUUGUCCUCUGCUUGAGAAGAAGGAAAAUGAAGCUAAGUUUACAGAAAGAAAAGAGGAGGACAGUCUAUAUAUUUGGAUAUGCUCAAUAUUAACCAAACUCGAGAUGGAUAAAGCCACAUUACUCGGUGAAGUAAUUAGACAAGUGAAGGAACUGAAGAAGAAUGCAACUGAAGCCAGCAAAGGUUUUCUUGUUCCAAUGGACGAUGAUGAGGUGAAUGUUGAACCGUGCGAGGAAGAAGCCAACGGGACAUUUUUAUUCAAGGCAUCAAUCUGUUGUGAUUACAGACCUGAACUUCUGACUGAUCUUCGGCAAGCUCUCGAUGCCCUUCCAAUCAAGAUGGUAAAAGCAGAAACAUCGACCUUGGGAAGUCGGUUGAAGAAUGAUUUCGUUUUCGCUGGCUACAGAACUGCACAUGCUGAUGAUGCUGAAGCACGUCGAUUUCUUGCAUGUUCCAUUCACCAGGCCCUGAAUUCUGUGCUGGAGAAGGCUUCUGCCUCGCCGGAAUACUCGCCAAGUUCGAUAUUCCCAAACAAGAGACGGAGGAUGUCUUAUUUCGAUUCCUCAAGCUCAUCUUCUUAAGAGAUUUGGCCCUCGUUUGUGUCAAUGGACACUGCCAUCUCUCUCCUGUGAAUCUGUGCUUGCCUCUUAUGUGCAAAAACUGGUUUGAAAUACUAUAACUUAAAAAAGUGUGUUAACAUCUAUAUUAUAUACAACCAUAUACAAUAUUGUAUCCCAAAAGCUUGGAACACUUUCAAAUGGCUUGUAAUGAAACUGUAUUCUGUAUGAAUUCUUAUCUCAAUAAUUUAUAAAAACCUGAUGUGCCUGUGUUCAUGUGAUAAAAGGGGAA